CGGAGCAAACAACGAGUAACUUUUUAUGCACCAAACAUUUACCCGAAGGCAUCAAAGAGGUUCGUCUAUAUUGGCACCAUACCCUUGCAAAAAUGCAAACUACAGAAGAAUCUUCAGAAGAUUACGUAAGGCGACAGGUGACCGAUAACGAAACUUUCAUACAAUUAAUCUAUAAUUCCGAAGAUCGAUUAAUCGAUUGCGAAUUCUACAAUGAUCGUAACGCAAUAGGAAAUGUCAGACACAAAUUUCGUGAAGAUUUCGAAUGCUCGAAACGCCUAGGAGAUUCGAAAUCGAAGGAGAAAUGCUUCGAUGUGAAUUGUACCCAUUUGAACCAUAUAUCUGCCGAUUACGUCGACGUAUUGGAUUAUAAUGAAUUGGAGAAAAACUGUCGCCUCGUCCGUCGUCACGUUCGCCCGUCACUCAACAAACGAAAUCGUAGGGAUCUCUUUCUGUAUCCAGGUACCAAUUGGUGUGGUUCUGGAAGUUCCGUACGAAAAUUUAAUCAAUUGGGGUAUAAUGCCGCUUCGGAUCGUUGUUGCAGGGAUCACGACAUGUGCCCUUACGCUAUUCGAGCCUUCACUAACAAGUAUUACUUGUUUAAUUACAGAUUUCACACCGUCAGCCACUGCGAUUGCGAUGAAAGAUUUCGUGCCUGUUUGAAAUUGGCCAAUUCGCCGACAGCUAACAUGAUCGGAAGAUUAUAUUUUAACAUAGUCCAAACCAAAUGUUUUGUAUUCCACACUGAAAAUAUCUGUAGCAAAUGGUCUUGGUGGGGAAAAUGCCUCCUAUGGCAAAAUCAAAAUAGGGCUCUACUCAAAGCCUCCCCUUAUUAUUAAUUGACUUUUUUAAAAUCGAAUUUCAUUGUAUCGAAAUCCAAUAAAGAAUUACAUUUUUUU